AUGGAUCAUACAAGAAAAUGUUUUGCCAUUAAAUUCAUUCGACCAAUCAUUCAUACACGGCCAAAAUGUGUUAAUCAAUCACCUCGACUACCAUUACGUACUGGUGAUAUUGUUCGUAUAACUAGUCUAUUUUUAUAUGAAGAUUUUAGUCGUCAAUUUACCGAUGAAGAUCAUGAUAAAGUUAUUGAACUUACCAAUUGGAAUGUAUCUAUACUAUUGGAAGCUAAAAUUCGUUCAAUCAAAGCGAAUCAUCAAUAUUAUGUUGAUUGUGCUUUCCAGGUUUUAUGUACAUUAAAAUAUGAUAAUCGUAUUAUUUUAGCCUGUUGGAAUGAAUUUAUACAGAAAAUUUAUAAUGAAAAUAAAAUCAUAUUCAUUUCGGUAUAUGGUAUACAUCGUGUUGUUGCAACCGUUCUAAAACCAUUAGAUUUUAUUGUCGUAUAUAAUCUGUUGAUAAAAUCGGAUAAUUUUUCCUAUGCUAAACAUUCAUACAUUCUAUAUGAUGGUAUUAAUUUUGGUCGUUGUAUACGUUUGGCUGAAGAAAAUUCUGAAUUAGCAAUCGCCCUGAAAGCACAAAUCGAAAAGAAAUGUGUACUCGGUGAAACUUUUGAUCCAGAAAUCUAUCUUAAUCAAUCCUUAUCACAGAUAAUUGAAAUUUCUAAUGAUGAAGAAGAUGAUCAAGAUGAUGGUUGUUUACCAUCCAAACCUAAUCAACCAACGUAA